CACUGGAAAUGACUCACUACCAUACAGCACAUUAAAAUUGUUUGUUUUUAUUUUUGUAUUUCUUUCUCUCUUGUUUAAGUCUCUAAUUAGAUUAACAAAACCUUAAUUUAUUUGUUUAAAAUUCAUUCAAAAUUGUAUUUUCAAUAUGACUGAUACUGGAAAAAAAUUCGGCAGUGCUUAUAUUCCCCCCGCCAAGCUAAAGCUUAUGCAAGAUGAGCUUAAGGACCAAAAUAGUGCUGAAUAUCAAAGAAUUCAUUGGGAAUUAUUGAAAAAAUCAAUCAAUGGUUUAAUAAAUAAAGCUAAUUUAUCUAAUUUAUCACUAGUUGUGCGUGACCUGAUGAAAGAAAACAUUGUAAGAGGAUCUGGAAUCCUUUGUACCUCAUUGAUUCGAGCCCAAGCCUCUGGUCCCAUUUUUACUAAUGUUUAUGCUGCUUUAGUGGCUGUCAUCAAUAGUAAAUUUCCUAAAAUUGGUGAAUUGUUAAUUUCAAGGUUGAUUAACAGUUUUAGAAGGUGCUACAAAAGAAAUGACAAAAAAGGAUGUUUGGCCUCAGCUAUUUUUUUGGCUCAUCUAACAAAUCAAGAUGUUAUUCAUGAAGUCUUAGUCAUGGAGAUGUUGUCAUUACUUCUUCACAACGCUACGGAUGAUUCAGUUGAAAUUUCUGUAGCCAUAUUGAAGGAAUGUGGAGCUAAACUGAAAGACUCGUGUCCCAAAGGCUUUUUCAUGAUUUUUGAGCUUUUAAGAUCAAUUCCAUCAAACAAAACCAUUGAUCUUAGAACACAGUUGCUGAUAGAAACGAUGCUUGCCAUUCGAAAAGAUGGAUUCAAAGAUUAUCCAACGAUAGUUCCUGAACUCGAUUUACUCGAGGAAGGAGAUAAAAUUACUCAUGAGCUUGAGUUAGAUGACAAAGUUGAUACAAAAGAAGAAUUGAAUGUUUUCCGAUUCGAUCCUAAAUUUCAAGAAGAAGAGGAAAAAUAUAAUUGUUUAAAGAAGGAGAUUUUGGGAGAUGACGACGAUGAUGAUGAUGAAGACGACGAAGAAGAUGAUGACGAAGAUGAGGACAGCGAGGGCGAGGGCGAGGACGACCAAGAAAAGGAUAAAGUGGUAGAUGCCACCUCAGCUGAUUUGGUCCAAUUAAGAAGGAAAAUCUAUUUAACCUUACAAUCUUCUUUAGACUUCGAGGAAGCUGCUCACAAAUUAUUAAAGUUGGAAUUGAAAGGAGAAAACAAGAAAGAACUCUCAUUCCUUAUAAUCGAUUGCUGUGCUCAACAGAGAACUUACAUGAAAUUUUAUGGACUACUGGCUGCUCGAUUUUGUUUGAUCGAUAGAGAGUUUGUGUCCAUAUUCGCCGAGAUCUUCAUCGACAGCUAUACAAAAGUUCACAGAUUUACAGAUACGAACAAAUUAAGAAUUGCAUCCAAGUUUUUUGCUCAUUUACUCUACACUGAUUCAAUAUCAUGGAACGUUUUAGCGUGCAUAAAACUCAAUGAAGAUGACACUACACCAUCAAGUCGAGUAUUCAUCAAAAUAUUGUUCCAAGAGCUGGCCGAGUAUAUGGGAUUCACCAAACUGGCUGCGAAAGUUAAGGAUCCUGAACUCGAAGAAGCUUUUGCUGGCCUAUUUCCUAAAAAUAAUCCCCGUGAUACACGUUUUUCAAUCAAUUUCUUUAGUUUAAUUGGGUUAGGUCCACUUACACAUGAUUUGAGGCAAUUUUUAGAUUCUACAGUAUCCACUAAAAAAGAAGAAAAAAUAUGAUAAAAGGUUAGUCCUAACUAUUACUAUAUUUUUUUUAUUAUCCUGUCUACUUAUUAUUGAUGUGACAUGGUAUCCAAUUCAUCUUUUGAUUGUCAAUAAACCAUCUGAAUCAUUUAAA